AUGGUCAAUGCAUUGAACCUCGUCAAGCGCGUCGGCGUCGACUACGUCCCUCCCAAGAGGAAAUACAUCGGUGGUGCUGGCCUUCUCUCGUGUCGCAACGGAAUCGAGCAGGAUUUGGUGGGCAUUAAGGCAAGCUGGAAGAGGACGGGCAUGACGGUUUCGUCCGACAUGAUGACGGACCGCAACGGCAGGCCGCAGGCGAACGUGCUUAUCGUAAACGAUUCCAGCGCCGUCUUCACCGACUGUAUUGACUGCAACAUGGAGAGGAAAACCGGAAGUUACGUGGCGAGGAUUCUUAGGCCCGUGGUGGAGGAAGUGGGUCCAGAGAACGUUGUUGCGUUCUGCAUGGACGGGGGGUCGAACUAUGCGGUGGCGGUGAAGCAGCUCAUAUGGGAGUGGCCGCACAUUCAGGAUGUGCCGUGCGCCCCUCACGUAUUGGAUCUUCUCAUGGAAGAUGUCGGAAAGAUGGGAUCGGCUAAGCCGGUGGUCGACAAGGGAGGGGAGAUAUCUAGCUUUGUCCGCAACCACCACUGGACCCGAGGGUACCUGUGGAAGCCGGAAUUGGUGGAGGGGAAGGUUCUGCAGGCGCUGAAGCCGGCUGGGACCCGAUUCGAGACCAACUACAUAGCCAUAUCCCGGCUAUGUGCGAUGCGCGGCAGCCUUACCAACAUGUUGACUGAGGACGUGGGGGGCUUGCUCGAUGCGGACGAGGAGCAGCUGAGCGACGGGGACAAGGACAAGAUCCGCCGCAUCCUCAGAGACGGCUGGGACGGCAGCCUCGCAUGCGCCACGCAUGUCGCUGGCGGCAUCCUCAACCCCGCGAAUCAGGAGGAAGAUAUUUUCGGCAUUGAUCCCGAGUGCACGAAAGUCUUCAAGGCGUUCAUCAGCCAGCAGGCCGAGUUCCUUGCGAGCCGCGGGGAUGGGGGGGAUGACGCGUGCGACAUCUUGCUUGAGCUGGGGGACGGGCUGAGGGCGUUCCUUGACAUGAAGGGUUCUUUUGGGAUGCCGGAAGCCGUGGCACAGAGGAAGCUGGUGAAAGAGGGAAAGUAUAGCAUGGUGAAGUGGUGGCAGUGGAAUGGGACUGAUGCCCCUCGAGUGGCAGAGCUCGCGGUACGGGUGUUGUCUCAAGCCGUGUCAGCCUCACCUUCGGGAUACAAUGGGCUGGAAGACGAGACGAAGGGAGAGGAUGAGGAGGAAGGCAAAGACGACAUCCUUGAAGACGAGUACGCUAACUAG